AGACUAAAUUCUUAAACCCUCAUUCAACUGGGCCGAUCUUUUCGAGCCAUUUUAGCAGUUCCCUUCCUUUUGUGCGCCAUGGCGAUUAUCUCCGACUACGAAGAGAAGGAAGAAAUCCCAAAGCCAAAGAGGCCUUCAUCUUCCUCCUCUCCAUCUUCUUCUUCAUCAGCUAAGCCUUCUCAAUUCAAUGCCAACUUUGACCCUUCAAACCCUCUAGGGUUUUUGGAGAAGGUGUUCGAUUUUCUUGCCAAUGAGACCGAUUUUCUCUCCAACGAUAGAGUCGAGAAGGACAUUGAGACGGUUGUGCGCAGAGCUGUGGAGAAGAGAAAGAAGCAUGAGGAGUCACUUGAGCUUAAAGGUAAGGCUGAAAAGAGGAUUAAGGAGGAGGUGAAGAGUGUUAAGCAGGAAGCUGCGCCGGCGAAGGCUGUUGCAUCGCCGCCGGAAGAGAAAGUGGGUGAGAAGUUGGAGGAAGUUACCGAGGAGAAGAAAGAGGACAACGGGCCAAGAGUCCCCAACAAAGGUAAUGGUCUUGAUAUGGACAACUACUCUUGGACACAGUCUCUCCAAGAAGUCAAUGUUAAUGUACCUGUACCAAAAGGAACUAAGUCCAGGUUCGUGGUUUGUGAGAUCAAGAAGAAUCGUCUCAAAGUUGGACUAAAGGGUCAACCGCCAGUGAUAGAUGGAGAGCUUUGUCAUACUGUCAAGCCAGAUGACUGUUAUUGGAGCAUAGAGGAUGAGAGCAUCAUUUCUAUUCUUUUGACUAAGCACAACCAAAUGGAGUGGUGGAAAUAUUUAGUUAAAGGGGAUCCUGAGAUUGAUACUCAGAAGGUUGAGCCUGAGAACAGCAAACUAUCUGAUUUAGAUCCAGAAACACGACAAACAGUUGAAAAGAUGAUGUUCGAUCAAAGGCAGAAAUCUAUGGGACUCCCGACAAGUGAUGAGAUGCAGAAGCAAGAGAUUCUGAAGAAGUUCAUGUCUGAGCAUCCGGAGAUGGACUUUUCAAGGGCAAAGAUAUCGUAAAUGGAACUGCCAGAUUCUUUGGCGCAUAGAUAAGAGAACCUAAAGAAGGAAAAAAAACCAAAAUAUUUGUAGUUUUUGUUCAGGGCUGGAAAGUUGUGUUUUUUUAGGGAGGUUUGAGUUCUCGUUAUUUAUGAGAAUGGCAGUGAACAUAUUCUCAUUAUUUAUGAAACGGGAUUUUGGUAUGGUGUGUGUAUGGAAUUGAGUUUUACCAUUUUAUUUUUCAUGAUAAUUUAGAUGGGCUUUUCUCCGAUUUUGGGCUAAGACUGCAUGUUGGAUCCGAGUGAAAGGUCCAUGGGCUCACGGGUUCAUUCCAAUUCAAGGAACAAUCUUUUUGUGAUAACGAACAGAUAACUAUAUUUAUUUCAAUCCAAGUUUGAUCUUUGUCAA